UAACAAGCCUUUUACACAACUAAUAACCCGCUUAGUUGUGUAAACGAUGCGUACUAAAAUAGUUCUAUUAAUUUUAACACUCCAAUUACUUCAAUUAUGUUUAGGGAUUUACAUACCGACGGAAGAAGUACCCAAGCCUGCGUAUACAGCAGGAAUAAAAACGACAUACAGGAAGCCAUCGAGCCCUAAAACCCUUCAAAAUUACAGUAAAGUAAUUGUACACAAUCGGCCCGAUUCUUCGGGUGCACGGUAUGUUGUAACGCACGAACAGAAAGUGCAGAACGUUUUUCCUAUUUACAAUGCUCAUAGUUACGGCCAGAGGCCUCAACAGGGCGACAACAUCCUGCAAACUAGGUCUCACAAAGUAAUUAAUGCAUCGCGAGGAUUUUCAACGAACAAACCGAACAGGACGAUUAUAAAACGAAAAAUCGAGACGAAAACUCUGGAAAUUUACGAGAAAUGCCCGACAGGCGCGACGGGACAAUUCAUCUACUCGCUAUCUUGCAACCAAUUUUUGAACUGUUGGAAGGGCAGGGGCACCAUCCAGAAUUGCGCUCCCGGCACUUUGUUUAAUCCCAAAACAUUAGAAUGCGAUUUUCCAGACAAAGUCGAAUGCGUCACAGGACCGACUUCGAACGUUUUACAGAAUUUAAGAGUCGUCAAAUCGAUAGAUCAAGCCUCUUGCCCGGAGGGUUUCUCCGGCAUUAUUCCGGAUUAUUUCGAUUGCUCCAAAUUCAUAAAUUGCGAUAACGGCAAACCGAACAAGAUGGACUGCGCUCCGGGCACAUUGUUCGAUAUGAAUAAAAAUAUGUGCGAUUAUCCGGACAAAUGCACCUGUUUUAAUGGGCAGAAUGUUAUAGACAUACGGGCCCAACCGAAUCCCAAUCCGCACUAUGUUAAUAAUUAUGAUGGCUAUAAUAUUCAAACACCUUGCAAUCAUCAAACUCGUAAUUGCGCGCAAACAAAUACAGGAAGCAAUUAUCAACAAAUCACAACGAAUUUUCAAGAUGGAUACUCCACAAACACUCACCAAAUAAAUGAUCAACAUCGCUGUAAUCCUGCUGUUCAAAAUUGCAAGCAAGGUGUGAACGGUUACAAUCAAAACACUUACGAACAAUCCGGAACAAACUACAAUUACAAUUAUAAUUACCUCCAAAAAUGCAAUCCAUUAACGGAACAUUGCAGUGACCAAGGCAUCGUCAACACCAACGAUUUGACCAACCAGGGAGGUUGCAAUCCUCGAACGCAAAAUUGCGCUAACAAUUUAAAACCGAAUUUAAUAUACACUCAACGAUGCACUUCAAAUGGAAAUUGUGCGCAAGGUCAAACCACUGUCGAAGAAGAAAACGUAGGGCAACAGCAGACAAUCGAUUACGAAGACAGGAAUGUAAAUAUCAAAACAACUUAUUGUGAUCCAAGCAAUAACCAAAACUGCAAGCGAACUAAUGCAGUAAAUAACCAACACCAUGGAUAUGUACAUAACCAGAAUAACGGUCAACAAAAUUACAACCAAAAUGAGAAUUGGAGCAACCAACAAACUGGAAGAAAUGACCACAACAGGAAUAACGGGCAAUCACAACCCAAUUACCACAAAAUUUGCAAUUUGAAUGAUAAUAGCUGCAGGCAACAACCAUCAGUUAUAACAACCCAACAAGUAACAAAUACCCAACCUGUUUGUCCGCACGGGUUAGUCGGCAUGCACAAACAUCCAACCGACUGCAAAAAGUUCUUGCAAUGCGGCAGCGGACAAACUUUCGUUAUGGACUGCGCACCGGGAACUCUGUUCAACGCGAAAACCGGAAUGUGCGAUUUUCCCUACAACGUCCAAUGCGAAACUACCGCUGGACAAACCGAUGAAUCAACAAAUCAGCAGUCCAGCAAUUGGGGUCAAUCCGUCGAUCAGCAAUCCCAAGGAAGCUGGAGUGGACAUCAACAGAACAACUGGGGUCAAAACACUAACAUCAAAGUUUAUCCAGCUACUACUACAAGUACAGAACGUUCGCAUUGGGGACAACAAACGAAUAAAUGGGAACAUUCAGGUGCUAACUGGGACCAAUCCACGAACAAUUGGAACCAUAAUACUGUCGAUAAUCACAGAGGUUCCCCAGUAACUCCUACAAGUACAGAACGUUCUAAUUGGGGACAACAUUCCAAUCAACAAACGAACAAUAGAGGGCAUUCAAGCAACAACUGGGGCCAGCAAAUCGAUAAUGACUGGGGCCAGCAAACCGAUGAUAACUGGGACAAACAGUAUCCUGUAACCGAAAGUACAACAGGAUUUGUUAGUAGACCCUCUCAAAGACCACUCGACUAUGAUGACAUUUAUAACCCCAAUGAUGUUAAAGGACACGCAACUACAGCUAGGAGUUCUUGGCCACCACCGUAUCAAGUAAACGACAACGAUAUCGGUCAAGUUGACUACGUUUUCACUUACGAUGACGGUACUCCCGUUACAUUAGAAGCCGAUAACAUCUUUGUGGCCCAACAGAAGAGAAGUACCAAUUGCGAAGACUCCGAUUUUAGAUGCACUCCAAAGUUGUGCAUAUCGUUAACCAUGGUUUGUAAUGGAGUGAGAGAUUGCGUCGAUGGUAAAGACGAAUUGAAUUGCCAGGAAUACACUCGCCGAUUCUCGGUCACCAAAAACUCCAAAUUAGUGGUAGUGGAAAACCAAAGAUGGCUGAACGUGACGCAUUCCACUUGUUCUUUGCUGUGCAUCCAAAACACCAAAUUCACCUGCAGAUCGUUCACUUACGACAAACGAAGCAGCACCUGUUACUUGUCCGAUAAAAACAUCGGUUUGUCGGGCGCGCUGCAAUCGCACAAUUCCAGCGAUUACUACGAACUGAAAGACGGCAGCGUGGACUGUUCGGAUAAGUCGAAAUAUUUCGAGUGCUCCAACAAAAAGUGCCUGACUAAAGAUUACUUGUGCGACGGGUACGACGAUUGCGGGAACAGGGAAGACGAGAAGCAUUGCAGUCCGGACAAGUUCGGCUACAAAAUCGCAUUGGCCGGCUCGCAGCAGAAGCAUGAAGGAAGAGUGGAAGUUACAGCAUUCGGUAGUACCGGCUACAUUUGCGACGACGGGUUCGGAAUACAGGAUGCGAACGUGAUAUGCAUUGAACUGGGAUUCGAAUUAGGAGCUGCAGAAAUAAAAGGCCAAUCUCAAUUUGCCAAAGAUCUGCACGAAAGCAGCACUCUUUAUAUGAUAGACGACCUUAAUUGUAGAGGAAACGAAUCUUCAAUCAUAGAUUGUGAGUUCCCUGGAUGGGGCGUGCAUAAUUGCAGAGACCAAGAAAUAGCUGGAGUUGUUUGCAAAACACCUCAAGAGAAAUGCAGCAACGAUUCGUGGAAAUGCGAUUCGGGCAACGAAUGCAUCCCGUUCGAAUUCGUUUGCGACGGUGUGGAGGAUUGCCUUGAUAAUUCCGAUGAAAAAACCGAACAUUGCGAUGGACCAACGGAGCUUCGUUUAGUAGGUGGUAAAGAUUACUUAAGUGGUCGAGUAGAAAUCAAAUACAAUGGCAUCUGGGGCACCGUUUGCGACGACGAUUUCAACGACGAUGCAGCCAAAGUCGUGUGCAAGAAUUUGGGCUAUAAAGGCAUCGUGGCGGUGAAAAAAGAAGCUUACUUCGGAGCGGGAACCGGUCCGAUUUGGAUGGAUCAAGUCUCGUGUUUCGGCAACGAAACCGGAUUACAAGAGUGCACGCAUUGGAAUUGGGGCGAGAACAACUGCGAACACAGCGAAGACGUCGGUGUAAUAUGCUCCAACGAUCUUCAGGAUAUCAAAAUCGAAAGACACUCCAAUCUUCCUAUUCGAAUCGAAUCGGGUCUACCCGAGAACUGCGGUUACAGGAAAGACAACCAGUUCGCCAUACACGAUGCUAUCCAGGCCAGGGUAAUCGGCGGCGGUGUAGCCAAAAAGGGAGACUACCCUUGGCAGGCCGCUUUAAAAGUGAAAGUCAAAGAAAAAUCUGCGCAUUGGUGCGGGGCCAUUAUAAUAUCCAGCAAAUGGGUACUAACGGCAGCCCAUUGCCUGCAAGGCUACACCAAAGGCGCUUACGUAAUAGUAGCUGGUGACUACAACACCGAAGAAACCGAAGGCACGGAACAACAAAAAUACAUCGACGAAUUCUUCAUACACGAAAAAUUCCGGAAAGGCCACAAGCUAAACAACGACAUCGCUCUGAUCAAAGUCAAGGGCAGCGGUUUCGAACUGAACGACCACAUCCAACCGAUAUGCUUGGCUGAUUCCAGCACCAACUACAACAGGGAUUUGAACUGCACGAUAUCCGGAUUCGGUUCGGUUAAAAGUGGCGUUUCAGCUUACUCUCGCAACUUACUAGCAGCAUGGAUACCUGUACAAUCACAGGAUAUCUGCAAGAUGCCGCACGUCUACGGCGAGGCCGUCACCGACAACAUGAUUUGCGCUGGAUCAAUGGAAGGCGGUCUGGACGCCUGCGAUGGUGAUAGUGGCGGGCCUUUGGCUUGCCUGGAUCAAGGAGUUUUCACAUUGUACGGCAUAACGUCCUGGGGACAGCAUUGCGGCUACGCCAAUAAACCAGGUGUGUACGUUAAGGUAGGAAACUACAAGGAAUGGAUAGAGGACGUGGUAUCGAAGCAUGCCGAGUAGUUACAUUUAUCGAACUUAGAACAAACGUUUAGUUACAUUUUAAUUGGAGUGGAUACAAAAAAACAGUAAUUGUUCGAAUGGUAAGUACUUAAGCAUUGAACGAUUAAAGGGCUAUUCUGUGGAAGUUACGGUAGUGUCCCUGUCUCAUCGACUCAUCACGGUAUGUUUCUGAGCAAUAUUGGCAUGGGAAAUAAUCAACAUCUUCAUGUUUGUCCCUCUUAUGUUGAUACAUAUGAGCGUGGGCUCUAAACAGCCUAUCGCAAUAAUCGCAUUCAAUAGUUAAGUGCUCCUCCAUGUCAUGCUCAUCCAAAUCUUCUUGGGAAGCAAAAAUAUCAUCGCAGUAAUUGCAAGGAAAAUGAUGUUUAGCAACCUCAUGUUGAUUCAUAGCAUUGGUGGUUCUAAACAGCUUAUCACAAUAAUCGCAUUCAAUAGUUAAAUGCUCCUCCAUGUCAUGCUCAUCCAAAUCUUCUUGGGAAGCAAAAAUAUCAUCGCAGUAAUUGCAAGGAAAAUGAUGUUUAGCAACCUCAUGUUGAUUCAUAGCAUUGGUGGUUCUAAACAGCUUAUCACAAUAAUCGCAUUCAAUAGUUAAAUGCUCCUCCAUGUCAUGCUCAUCCAAAUCUUCUUGGGAAGCAAAAAUAUCAUCGCAGUAAUUGCAAGGAAAAUAGUGGACAGCAUUGCAAUGUUGCAUCAUGUGGUUGUAGGCCCGAAAUUCUCUGUAACAGUAAUUGCAGGGUACCAUUUCUGCUGAUUGAUUGAAAAC